CCCAAAAUAAAAUAAAUGAUCACAAAAUUUGAGCCAAUCAGGAAACGCUUUCUAUCAGCAUCUGCACCAUUUCUCGCUGCAACGAAAAUAUCAGAAUUCAAGAAUCGAACUUCACCGUUCACCCAGAAAACCGAAAAUGAGAAGACUUGGAGCUUAGAUUUUGCUUCCCCCUACUCUUAUGGUAACUUUCAGAUGGUGGGCGGUAUACUCUCUUUGCAAUCUCAAGGCUUCAAAGCAGCAGCAACUUCAGCUUCUCUACUCAACUCAUCGCUUUUAGCAUCUCAUAGAUUCUCUUCCUCCCCUAUAUCUCUCUUCAAGGAAUCAGUUUCAAAUGCCAGGGAAUUAUCCUCCAAACAAAGUUCUUUCCGCGGAGGUCGCCAAAUCAACUUCGCGCGAUUUUUUCGGCGCACUCGACGACGAAAGAGAACAGGGGUUGUGCUUUCACCAACCUGUGUCCUGCCACUCACUGAAGAGAAUGUAGAGAAGGUUUUGGAUGAGGUAAGGCCUAGCUUGAUGGCUGAUGGAGGAAAUGUCGCUCUACAUGAAAUAGAUGGCCUUGUUGUUGUGCUCAAGCUACAAGGAGCAUGCGGGUCAUGUCCUAGCUCGACCAUGACCUUAAAGAUGGGCAUCGAGACACGCCUCAAAGAUAAGAUUCCUGAAAUCCUGGAGGUGGAGCAGAUAGUCGACACUGAGACUGGACUCGAGUUAACUGAGGAUAAUGUUGAAACCGUUCUUGCUGAGAUUAGACCAUACCUUGGUGGCACUGGGGGAGGAACAUUGGAACUUGUUCAGAUCAAUGACUAUGUCGUCAAAGUUCGCCUUAGUGGACCGGCUGCGAAAGUCAUGACCGUUCGUAUUGCCCUAACACAAAAGUUGAGAGACAAGAUACCUUCCAUUGCAGCCGUGCAGCUAAUAGAAUGAUAGAUUCCAUAUUAAUUUGAAAGCAAACGUAUGAACAUGUACAUUUCUCUGCAGAGAUAUAUUCAAUGUCCAUCAUACAGGAUUUAACGAUUGUCUCGACUUUACCCUGAAGAUUUCAUCCCAUUUGGGUGCAAAUGAAUAUUAUUAUUUCUUUUUUCA